AUGAACGGGGCCCGCAGCUUCUUCUCCGCUGAUGGCUCUCCUUCUGAUGAGGAUCCACUAAAAGGUGGCACUACACGCGCUAGACCCGUGAACGUCAGCACGCGAUUGCGCCAGAAACUCGCCGCUGGGGCCGCUACGUCUCAAGAUUUCUUCGCGUCGUUGGGUAUAGACGCCACGUCAGGAGAUCGAGCAGGCAGCAGUACGAGUAGCAGCAGUAAUCGCAGCUAUAAUAGCAUGGCCGCUCGACGAGCUCCUGCUUCAGGUGUAGGAUCUGUUACGUCAACAUCUUCGUCAUCGCUAUGGAGACCUCCUACUAUUGGUGGCCUGAGAAUGACACCAUCUUCACCGUCUAUCUCUGCAUUCGGUUCUCUGAACGUCGCAAGUAGCAACAGAAACGUAAUGACCAGUACUACCAGUACUAGUUCUAUAACAACGAACGCCAAAUGCGAGGGAUCAAGUGGGACUGGUCGUACUGUAAAGACUGCUACUGCUGCAACUUCUGUUGACGCUGCCAAGACGAGUGCAAGACCGACGCAGCUGUUCUCGAUGGAAGAUGCGGAGGAAUUGUACAGUGAUGACGGAUGGGACUGUGAUUCACCCUCGACCGUGCUCUCGAAUCCAACGGAUGAGACGGAAACGACGUCAACGACAGUCCCGGUACGUGCAGCGGUGAAAGUACCGGGUGAUGAAUUUGCGUGGGGUGAUGACGACGACGUAUUUGCGUCGCCUGUUGCGAAGGCGACAGUGGUGCCGCCACGUCCGAAUGAAGUGUCUGCUGGUGGUGCUUCUGAGACGAAGACGAAGUCUACGAUGCAUCAAGCUGCACCUGCAGCUGUGGAUAGUAAGGUUGCGAUUAAGAGAUCCACUACUACUGAAGUGCCAUCUCACAAAGCAAAGUCGCGCUUUGAACAAGCACAAACUGUUUCGGCAGCUCUGCGGCCUCCAGCUACUAUGCCGUCGACUGCGUUCUCCACCACAGUGACAAAUAACACGUUAGAGCCAACGGGUCAAAGUGCUACACAGAUGUCAAUUCAUGAACCAGCACCAGCGCUCGAAAGGACUCAGAUUCAAUCUACGCGACCACUACCGCCUUCUACAACCAUAUCGUCAACUUUCUUUCCGGACAAGUCAGCCCGUACUGCAUUUGGAACGACGAGUUACGAAGCACCUUCCCAGACUGCCCCGUCUGUUCAGACCUUCGUUUCUCGCGAGUCGUAUCGGCAAGAUGAGCAAUGGGAUGAUGAAUCGGACCAGCAGGUGCCCGCGGACACUGGAUCCGAGACGAUGGUGACAAGGGAUUUAAUGUCCGUCCACACGGCAGCUGUCACAAGUGUGACAACAACUCGAAAAGUUACUUCUAUGACUCCUCCUGUGGAGCUCAUUAGCCCCGGCGGCGAUGCUGGUGAAUUUUGGGGAGACGGUGAGGAAGAUAAGCUGUUCGAUCACGACGAACGUGGCGACGAGGAAUGGGAUGAGUCUAUAGAGGAUCAGACAAAGGAACUGAAAAACUUGGAUUUGAGCUUGAGUGACAAAAAGAGACAUGUAGAAUCAACUACGUCCUCUUCUUUCAGUCAACAAGAUACCUCAUUCUCGCUUCCGUAUCAACCGCCACCUCUCGCUAUUGCAACCAAUCUGGAGCAAUCAUAUUCUAUCACACAAGAAGCUGUAAGUGCGUCGAACUAUUUUAUUUCCGGGCACUCGGAAGAGGCCAAGAAUUCCCGCCGGGACGAAAUGAGUGACAAACUGUCCGAGGUUACCAAGGUGUCCACUACAGUUUCUUCGAUUGAGCCAGAUCCAGCGAGACCUCUGACGACGCAAGAUUCAGCGGUGCCCUUGCUCUCGGUUGAGAACACCCAUAUGACCGAAUGCUCACCGUUUUCGAGUGCUAUUGCUCAGUCAGCAAGCCAAGAAAGUGAUCUCAACGUAUUUUUGGAAGCACCGCCAAGUGCUCGUUUUCUUCACACCCCGACUGGAACUGGCGGGCCAUUUGGACGUGUCCGUUCGCCGCAGGGAAAUAACAAUCUAACCUUUCCGGAAGAAAUUUCUGGGGCUGGUGUAAACGAGACUGGUCAUAACUCGAUGACAUUUGCAAGCGGAGCGAAGGGCGAAACUUGUGACUCAUACACGGAAUCAAAUGUAAGAUGGGACCCCCGUCUAUUACGUGAUGAUAGGCAUGCUCGGAUGUCCUCAGACGAGCAGGUCAACGAAGAUGGCGACGAGACUCGUCGCAACACUCAUCACGGACCGAGAGACGAAGAAGAACGGGAUUCUGUUGUAUCAUUUUCAGGUGAAAACUCAUUUUUUCCGUCAUCAGGCCGGCCAUCUUCGUUGUAUGGCGGAUCUCAGUCCUCGUUUGCGAGUCAUCGCAUGUAUCAGUCAUCUAUAGCCAGCACGGAUCACGAAGGCAGUUCAAUAGCAUCAUUUGGAGUAUCGUCCGCGGGUGCAACGUUCGGCGGUUCGGAACGUGUCAGUGAAGGUGGUGCUUUUUCGGACGGUACCAUGUCAGAAACGCCGAGCAUGGUGGAUUCAUCCAAUGCUAGCACAGCUUUCGGUACGGAUUUUCCAUCGGUAAGCGAAGGACAGUUCUCGGCUCCUGGAACGACAAUUGGUACUUCUGACAAUGCCAGUGAUGGAGGAUUUUCAGAUGACAAUGCAUCCGAAACAACAAGUAUGUGUGGAUCUGUACACACAAAUCCGCGUUUUUUGUCGGAAUUUCGUUCCCCGAGCGGCCACUGCGUGACGGAGACGGUACAGCACCGUGGCACACCGGAGCCAUUUGCAUUAUCUGCGCCAGAGUCUGGAUCAGUGUCUGGAUCAGUUGCAACGAUAGGAGAAUCCGCAACAGUAGCUGCAGCGCCGAUCUUCGGAGGCGAUGGUGCCUUCUCUGACGCAAACCCAUUUGCGAGCUCGCCAAGUGAUGUUUCCUCCUCGCAACUUGCGUCUAACGCUCCGCAUGCAACAGUGCUAGCUGACUCUAGUUGUGAUCACCGACCCGAAGGCACUUCCCAGGAAGACAACGUUCCGAGUGCUGCUUUUCUGUUUGACGCCACUGCAGGUUCUGAUGUCCCAAACCCAUUCGGCUCGUUCGGGGUAUCGCCCGCGGCAACUGAGGCGAAAAUUAUUGAAGGGCACGAACUUCCAACUUUAGAUACUGGAGACCUUUUUGGCUCAGGUGCUUCCUCAAGUGGCUUCGAGAGCUCGUUUGCUCAACCAUAUAGCUCAGGGUAUCAGACACACGGCCAGAAUUACAAACAAGCUGCGAGCGGAUCCGAAUCUACCACCCAGACAUCAUCACUGAACUCAGCGCAGAGCGAAGUGUCGUUUUCAAACUCCAAUGAUCGACCAGCAGGAGACAGAUUCAUCUCAAGUCCUUUCCAAUCUCAACGUGUUAGCAAUUAUAAGCAUGCUGAUCCAUUUGCCUCGCGAGAUGCGCAGCUUCGAUUCGAUAACUCGGCACCGUCUCCCGAUAGUGUGUUCGGUAGUGGUGGUGACAGCGACAAGCCAAGUGUCGAUCGUGGUGUAUCCUCAUACUUUGAUGGAGAUGCACAAGCUUCAGCAGAUGCUGCAACUGCAGCGAAUCAUUUCGGACAGCAAUCAAGCAUACAUAGUGCUUUGCAUGGCGGGGGUGAAAAAUAUGGUCAUAGUGUCACAGCAGCGUAUUCAGAACAAGCUUCGAACCACAAGCAUCAGUCAGGUGCUAAUGCAGAAACCAACACGUUUCGUGCACAAUCUCACGGACAGAGCGGUGGCGUUGUAGCGGUAGAAUAUUCAACUACUUCCGGAGUUUCUGGGCCUUCUAGCCGUCAAUCAUUAACGAACUCGUUUACUAGCAACGCGACCCCACGUAAAGCCAGUGGAUUUGGUGGACAGAACCACUUUGGCAGGUCAGCUCCAGGAACGCCAAACAACCACACCCAGUAUUCUGCGGCAACAGCAUUUUCUAACGCUAGCCGAGCUCAACAAUCCUAUGGUAGCCAGCAGAUCGGGCAAAGUCCGGCACUGGAAACGAGAAACGACUACAGCCACCACGCCACAGCAGAAGUGUUUGGAAGGGCCAGUCCGGCCCAGUCGUCGUACUCGGAACUUCAGGAUAACAGCUAUCCGCACUAUGGUCAAACUGCUUCCCAUAGCACAGCCGAGGGUUUUGGCGACCAUUUACAAUCAUCGUCAAGCGCAUUAACUGAUGCAUUCUUUGGCCGAUCAUCUGCGGCUGAUCCGUUAUCAUCGGCGUCCGACAUUGGCGGUGAGCGUGUGACGACUCCAUCAUCAGGGCCAGUUAAACAGCAGCCGCCAGUGCGAACUGGUUCCCAGCCGUCACUUUUAGGGAGUGGAAGCGAUGCAUCGUCUUUUGCGGAGCGACAAGGUAUCCAUUCGACGGUACAUCUGACUGCGAUACGACCUCCGAUGCAAUCACAUGACUCAAAUUCGUCAUAUGGAUUGGUUGAGGAUGCGAGUUUGUCGCGCCGUGGAUCCAACUCUUCCAUGAGUCGAUAUGGGAGUUAUGCGUCUUUCCAGCCUCAGCGAAAUGUGCAGCAACAGGUGAAUAGCACCUCAGGUCAUCCAUCGGCUGAUGCGAGUUCUUUUUUUGGCAUGACACCUUCCCUUAAUAGUGACGAAGCGUCGUCGGUCUUCGGUAGGACGGUGUUUCAAGAUUCGUCAGAAAUACUGACAUCGCAUUCUCAAGUGUCUACGUCUAAUGAUUCCAGUGUGCAUACAGCGCCCCAACUCGCGUCCCUGCACCAUCAAGAGCACGAUCUCCCGCAAGAGCAAAGUCCACGUGAAACCUGUGGUGAGUACUUCGGAGCGACUACAACAGCGUUUCCAGCGUCGGCGGCUGAAGUGGUUCCAAGGAUUGACAUUCAAUCGUCAACCGGGAUGCCGUCUGCAAGAUGUGGUGAUAGUUUGCAGCAGCAUGAAGCUAACAGUACUGUUGGAUCACCGUUAGUUGUCAAAAAGGCAGACGCAGACGCUGUUGAGAACUCGAUUUCAACAAUUGCGACUGAAAAUGGUGUGAAUCACCCUCAGGCGUUUAACGGGCUUUCCGAUUCAGGCUCUAACGCUUUUGGUGGUGAGACAUCAUCCGAUUUCUUUUCGUCGUCAUCAGCACCACAGACUACCGCUUCGCUGUCGUAUCAAUUUGAGCACAAGGAAUAUGGUCAAAAGCCGGAGCAGCCACAGCAUCAAGUUCGCGAUGACGCAGCUACCUCUGUGCAGUUUGCACACUCGACACUUCAUCAUGAUGAGGGUGGUAUGCAUGCAUCUGGAAGACAUUCAGGCAACUAUUAUUACUCACGUGUACCAGGAGCGGAUGAUGUAAGUAGCGCUAGCCACGAACAGCAGCAGAUACAGCAACAGCAACAACAGUACCGAUCGUUUCAACAGCAGCAACAACCUGAGCUGCAUCAUGCCGUCACAGCAUUUGGUUAUAGUGGCGACGCUGUUCAAAGGCAACCGCAAGGUACAGACUACAAUGCUGCGAGUGAAUACGAAUACGGAACUACUACGAAAUACGGGGGUUAUGAGCAAACGAUUACACAACACAUAUCCGACGCUGCCCCGACUUCAGUUGUAAAGACCAGCAACAAAUACAAGGAUCCAUGCGUUGCUCCUCCAUCAUGCCUAGCGUCGUUCGGCUUUGGUGGUAACGUGGUGGUUAUGAUUCCCAAGAAAAAAUUGCGGACAAACAUUGCUGGGAGCAGCUUCCGCAAAAGCUCUCGAGGUGCUCCGGUUCUAUCUGAGUUUGACAACGGUGGUGACGCUGUGCUUUGUAAGGGACCAGUGAAUGUGUAUCGCAUGGACCAGCUGCAUCCGAAGAACAGUGAGUUCGAACAAAUGGACAUAUUCCCGGGACCGCUGACCGAAGACGUCUCUGGCGAGGUGAUUUUGGAAUGUAUUGAUGAUCAUCUGAAACGGAGCGAGGCAACUGUCGAAGAAGAAAACGACCGCUUGUUGCUAGGUGUGCUGCGUGUCUUGGUCAAAUGCAACGGAAAGUUGCGUUCUGAUCCAGGAAUGUUUAAUCCUAGUGAUCCUGAUUCUCCCGAGGCUCAACUCAUUGCGCUGCUUAGUGAGAGCAGUAGACGGCGUAAUAGGAACGAGUUUCCGAUUUUCCCUCUGCGAAAAGUUCAGCCUGGGGCGCCUUCGGAUCUUUUGCUGAAACGUGCAAAUGAUAUCCGCGAGCUGCUCUUAGUUGGCGAUAGGCAAGGUGCAGUUUCUUCUGCUAUGACUGCGCAGAUGUGGCCGGAAGCCAUGCUGAUCGCAUCGUUCACCGACAAGGAGGAGUACAGGCGAGUCUUGCGCACAUAUUUGGAUGAGCACUAUGCAACUGGUGAUCCGUGUCGUACUCUUUUCAUGUCAUUUGCGGACCAACAAGAAAAGAGCGUGCAGGAGCCAAAGCGCCUUUUACAAACCAAUAUUCAGCAGCCUACAGGAUCUCUCAUCCUCUCGAAUUGGGUGUCCCACGCUCAAGUUCUUCUCUCCAACAGGACUGCGGAUACCAACAAGAUUCUGACGGAGCUGGGCGAUCGGUUGUGGGGUGAAGCCAACGCGGUAGCGGCAGCCCAUACCUGCUACUUACUUGCAGGUAUUCAAGUUGACGCACCUACGCUGAGUUCAAAAAUGGCGCUAUUGGGAGGAGAUCAUCGGACACCUGCGGAAGCACGAUUCUAUGUGUCACCUGGUGCCGUGCAGCGAACGGAAAUUUACGAGUGGGCCCGAAAGCAUGCGAAGGGGGCAUCGGCCAACCUCAUGAUUCCUUUCCAGGGUUACAAGCUUAUUUACGCGAUGCUUCUGGCUGAUCACGGAAAGCUUGACACGGCGUUUAAGUACGUGACGUCGAUGCUUGCGGUGAUCAAGGCAGUGACGGCAAUGAUGAAGCCUGGGACAUCUAUGUAUCUGGACGGAUUGAAGAACCAGCUCACGGUCCUGGAUGACCGGCUGCGUCAACACCUUGGUCACGACCGUGUAGCCUCUGUGGCAGCAGCGACCAGCCGUGGUAGUGGUCGCAAGCAAGGUGGCAAGUGGGGUCUUGGCAGUGCGUUGAGUAUGAUGGGCAAGAUCGUGAACCGUGUGGUGGAGGGCAACGAAUCAGAUGCUGCUCCUCGCGUAGAUCCUAGUGCGCUAACAUCGGGUGGUUUGUACGCAAACGAGGUGACUGCGCGCGCAGAAAGCUACCCGAGUACCCCAUCUAUGGCUGCACCAACCUUGUCACCUGCGUCGUUACACCCGCAGCAGUAUCAGCAAACCCCUCCGCCCAGUUCGCAGGGACCCUUACCUGUACCCACCGGCAUUAAUGACCACGCAACUCCACCCGUGUGCUCUCCAAAUGGACGCAAUAGCGCUUCUGCAACACCGCCAGCGAGACCCAACUCAGAGCCAGGUGUUGCCCCGUCAGGACCAUUCUCGGGCAACGGGCGUCGUGCUCAGCAGCUGCAGCCUGGUCCGUUUGCCGGCCAGGGGCACUUUACUCCUCAACAACAACAACAGCAGACAUCGUCUGGCCCGUUCUCUGGAAACGGAAGGUCUGGUGCCACAGUACCGUUCUCAAACAGCGGACCAGGAUCCCAAAAGAAUGGUACGGCAUCACUCGUGCGCUCGCAGCAUUCGAUUGAGCCCCCAGGUAGCAACCAUAGCACGCACAGCGACAGCAGCUUCAGCGGUAUGACUCCACAAAGUGCUCAGCUGUACUCUUCACAGCAGCAGCACCGCUAUCAGCAGCAGCCUCCUUCAUCGCAAACGUCACAGCAUUCGCAGGGCACACCUCCUGCACGUCCAUCGUUUCAGAAGUCAUCCUCGCUGGGCAUGUUGGGUAACACAAGCUCUUCAAGUCAACCCAAAACAUCAGCCGCUGGCCCGACCGCUGAGAUUGCUGCAUCGCUUCCACCUACAGAUGCCUCGAAGAGUGGUCCUGCGAGUGAUAAGGGCAAGACUAGCGGUAUGAAGAAGCCUAUGAGCGUUAAGACGCCGCCACCCAGCGGUAGCGCAAAGGGCUCUGGAUGGCUGUCAGGUCUGUCAUCUUUCAUCGUCACUAAGAUGAACCCAGAAGUGAAGGUGGCCAAACUCGGCGAGCAGAUGGAGGCCUAUUUCGACGAGGAUGCGAAGCGCUGGGUGUUUCCUGGGGAGUCUGCUCCUGAGGAAGCUGCGAGGCCUAGCGCGCCGCCCACUGGUCCGCUGUCUGGUAGUGCCCCUGGAUCUAGCGCCACGGGCGUGCCACCAGCAGGCACGAACUCAGCCCCGGGUUCAAUUCACAGUGGCCCUGCGCUUAGCAACGACCCGCUGGCAGCACUUAUGGCCCCGCCUCCUUCUCAUUUGCUAAUGAAAAAAGACCCGUUGGCUGCUAUGAUGGCGCCACCUUCGCGUGCAGGCAUAUACGGUGUGCAUCGUGGUGGCUCAGCGGCGAAACGAAAACCUCCGCGUCCGCAGUUUGCAGUGUUCAAGCCUACUACUGCAGCAUCCUUAGACGAGCAAAGCGGAUAA